GUCAGUUGCUUUGCCACCCUUUUCAGCCCAGUAUGGCGAUGUAUUUUUCAUGUUUAGCUUUGAUUGUGCUUGUGAUUAACAAUGCGACAUCAGAAAAACUCAGCUGUAGCACUGAGAGGCAAUUCGUCAAGGAUCUUGAAAAAGAUGGUUACGCUGAGUGUCCAGAUUCGAAGCUCUACCUUGAAGGGCUAGCAGUAACAGCAGCAGGAGAGAACUUGAAGGACUUAACUGCGGGGCAAUGCUGUCAACCACCACCUCCUCAUCCUAAUUGGCCAUACACCUGUCACUCCUCCGACUGGGACCUCAGCUUUAGCAAAGAGGGUUGGGCCACAUGCCCGUCGGGGUUCUUUCUUCGCGGGUUUCAUCGAGGAUCUGGUAGCGACCUUAAGAGUAUUAAGUGGGGAACCUGCUGCAAACCUGCUGUGCAUCCAUACUGGUACCCAGACUGCUAUGACGAGGACGUAGGUCAAGGCAACCUGAGGCAGUGCACUCGGGACAAGUUCCUCUUGGUGGGAUUUUACAGAGGGGCAGGGGAACAGCUUUCGAGCAUCACAAAGUUCCGGUGCUGCAAAAUGCUUGAGGAAGAGAGAACUCUGACGUCACUAGAACAAGCAAAGUCCCGUAUCAUGGACGUCACCUUGAAGAAUCUAGGGUCGUUGGCGCAUGCGCUGGGAUACGGUUGGACUGGUGGCUGCAGAAGCAGGUGGCCUGGAAUUGAUUUUAAAAGAGAUGGGGAUACAUGGAUAUCUAACUAUCAAGAACCUUGCGAGGGAUUCAAGUCAAACGACCGUCUUAAGAUCAUUUACGAAAAUUUCUCUUUUAAAGUCAAGAAUAUGGACUACGGCAAGCCUGUUGUGGACUCCAUGAAGCCAAUUCUUCAAGAUGUUGGGGAGAUAAAGAACAAAGAUUCUUUGCCUUCUAAAACUACAAUCACUCGUGAGAUCAAAACCGUGCGAACCGUGAUCCAUUCGUCAACAAGCAGAUGGAAGUCUGGGCUUGGUGCUGCCAUCUCACUAAAGUAUACCUCUGGAGUAGCUGCUGGAGUUGUGGCGGGUACCUUCAGUGCGUCAAUUACCUUGUCAGGUGAACGAGAGAGCGGUGAGGUGAAUAAAGACGAGAAUGGACAAAUAACCUGGGAUAUCAUGAGAGUAAAGGAGCCACAAACAGUCAAAGGGCUCAGUGGGACAAAAUAUAACAUAAACGUGGCCAGGAAGAACGUGACUGUACCCUAUACUGCUACAAUACAGGUCCAGUUUAGCGCUAAACUGGUAGGAUUCCUCCGUUGGGGUGGUGGCAAAGGAGGCGACAGUCCAAAUUUCCAUGAAAAAUAUCAAGGUUCGGAAGACCGACCCGAUUUCUCCUACGCUAUAGGAAGUUCCAGUGAGCCUUUUUAUAAGGUUUUGAAGAGGGAGAGCCAGAGAGAUGAUAAGCCUUGGUUGUGGAACGAUAUGAAGCAGCAGUAUGGUGAGUGGCUUCCAGGAGUCAUCGAAGCCCUCACUGACGAAACCCUUUACGAGUUCAAGUUAGAGGGAAAAUUCUAUGACGUGUCUGGGCUGAGUUGGGAUGUAAAAUGGUCCGACGUACCGAUUAGCUAAGAACUUUCGUUAAAACGACACCAUGGGAUAAGGGUUUUUUUGUUUUAAUUUAUGAUAAACAUGUGCACUUGUUUAGAAAAGUAUUUUUCAAGAAAUGACUGAAAACGAAUAAAGUCAAAAAACGAUUACGCCUUAAGGAUUAGCUCACGUACCUUAUUUGU